AUGGAUUUUAUGAAACCAGAAACAGUCCUUGAUUUGGGAAAUAUCCGGGAAGCAUUGAUUCGAAUGGAGGACACUAUAGUGUUUGCAUUAAUUGAACGUUCACAAUUUUAUUCUUCGCCUUCCGUGUAUGAGAAGAAUAAAUUUCAAAUUCCAGGUUUUGAUGGUUCAUUCUUAGACUGGGCCCUUUUACAAAUGGAGAGAACACAUUCACAGAUCAGAAGGUAUGAGGCACCAGAUGAAGUACCGUUUUUUCCCGACCAAUUACUACCAUCGAUUCUUCCUCCAAUAGAAUAUCCGAAGGUUCUUGCAUCCUACUCGAGACAAAUAAAUGUUAAUUCCACCAUAAAGCAAUUUUACGUUGAAGAAAUUGUACCUCAAAUCAGCUGUAAGAAAGGUGAGCAGAAAGAAAAUUUAGGCUCAGUGUCGACAUGUGAUAUUGACUGUCUACAAGCAAUAUCAAGAAGAAUUCAUUUCGGUUUAUUUGUUGCAGAAGCUAAGUAUUUAGCUGAUAAAGCUGAGUAUGUUAAACUCAUAAUCUCAGGGGACGUGAAAGGAAUAGAAAAGUCUAUUACAAAUACUGCUCUCGAAGCAAAGAUUUUAGACCGCCUAGUAAUUAAAGGGGAAAGUUAUGGUAUAGACCCAUCAUUGAAAUAUAGUCAAAAUCCUCAAAGUAAAGUCGAUCCUAAAGUGAUUGCAAAGCUAUAUAAGGAAUAUAUUAUUCCAUUGACAAAAAAAGUAGAGGUAGAUUAUCUUUUAAGAAGGUUAGAAGAUGAAAACGAUGACAUUAUAUCCAAAUACAGCUAG